GAAAUUCGACUUGUCCGGUAACUUCAUUUAUUAAUGCUGCACAGCUGAUAAUUAGAAAAAAAAUUAAAAUUAAUUUGAAAAAAUUAACAAAAUUUUGCAAAUGUUAAUAAAAAUUUAAAAAACCUGCAGUUAAAUAUUACAAAUACAAUUAAACUAUCAAAAUUUAUUAAGUGCAACAAAAAAAAAGUCCUAUAAACUUCAGUUGUGGUUUGCGUGUGUGGGAAGAAGUUGCAACAAAUAAAGAAAAUUUCUUUGUCUUUUAGAAACACAUCAAAAGGAAACCUUUGCAAUAAUGGCAAAAGUAAUUUCACAAGAUACAUUUGAUGAUGUUGUUAAAGAAAACAUUGUAGAAUUCGACAUGUCACCCGAGGAAGCCAAACAGGAGACCAUCAAUCAAUUUGAAGCACAAGGCAUAAAUCUGGCAAACAUUAUUAAGGAUUUGACCAUCAAUGCUGAAUCGGGUAAACCCAUUCUUAAUGAGUCCAUUGACAAUCUUAAAGUUUAUCUGGACGAUAAAUGUGAGGACAAAGGAAAACUUUUGAAUUUACUUAAAAUAAUCGAAGAUGAAUGUCAAAAAUCUCUACCACAUCGUGUAUUGGCUGCUAAAUAUCAGGUCAACUGUCUGCUGCUACAAAUUUUAGAUCAACAGCUUGAUUUAGCCGAAAGUAAAAGCAAUACCGAUAUUAUUGAGGCCACUCUUAAAACAUUGAAUAGUUUAUAUAAUAAACAGCCCGAUAUAUUUGACGCCACCUCUUUGGCUUUGGCUAAGCGUCUACUUGACACUUAUGGCGAUAAUGAUCAGUUGGCCUGCUUGUCUCUACAAUGGCUUCAGAAAUGUUGUGUUAUGCACGAAAUGAAUCGACAAAAUAUCAUUAAAGCCAAUAUCAUAGAACAUAUAAAACCAUUUGUGAGCAAGGAUAAGAGUAAAGUAUUGCGAGAUGCUUUAACCCUUUGUCGUUAUUUGGUUUUAGAUGAUGAUAUUCGUGUUGAGUUCGGUUGUGCUCAUGAGCAUGCUCGUCAAUUGGCAGCUGAAUUUAUUGUCGACUUGACAAAUCUUCUGGCUGAAUUUGAGGAGGUUACUAUAUUAGCUGAUUUGUUAUUAACUAUUGGUACUUUGGCGGUGCGACAAGAAUUUUGUACUACGGUCGAUGAAGCAGGCGGUAUUAAGUUAGUGUUAGGAGUAAUGGAAAACAAUACAAAUAAUGUGCGUUUAAAUCGUGAGGCACUCAAACUUUUACGUGCGCUUGCCGGUCAUGAUGCUGUUAAAUGUCACAUAGUACAACAAGGCGUUGCUCCCGUACUAAAAGAGCUGCUACACACUCAUAUGUCCAAUGAAAAUCUAGUAGUAGCAGCACUAGCCUGCAUUUCCACUUUAACAUUACGCGUUAAGGAUAAUAGUAAAAUCCUGUUUGAUACGGGAAUUUCGGAGAAUAUUGUGGAAGCAAUGCGUUUACAUCAAAAAAAUAAAUUUGUGCAGCGCAAUGGUGCAUGGGCUAUACGUAAUAUGGUAUCACGUUCGCGCGAACAAUGUGACACUUGGCUAUCGUUUGGUGUUGAGGAUGUCUUAAAUACCGCCAUUAGCGAACAUCCUACCAUUUUGCAAGAUGUCAAAGCGGCCUUACGUGAUUUGGGCUGUAAAGUUGAUUUGAAAGAGGAAUGGACUGGUACAGCCGAAAAGAAAAUUACCAAUAAUUAAAAAAA